AUACUACCGGUUUAUAAAUAGAUAUUUUUAUUUAUGUAUGUAUGCUCAUGUGUAUGUUAAGUGUACAGUUUCGAUAUUAUAUUAAGGAGUACAUCAUUUUCUCUUAAAGUUACUGGAGAUAGUUGACGAUGCCCAUUAAAAACUUAGAUGACGGCACCGGCGAGAAGAUUAGAGUUCUAGAAGUGGACGGUUAUUACGCUCCUACGUUUGAUCAGGUAUUUCAGAACCAAGAGGAAGAUUUCAGAACUAUUCCAACAUGGAAAAUCAAGCCAGGGGACGUAUUUAUUUGCGCUUACCCAAAAGCAGGCACCCAUUGGUUGUGGGAAAUUACGUCAAUGUUGGUGAACCAAUCAGCGGACAGAGUGAAAUUGAUUAAGGAGACGUCCAUGUUAGAGGGUGUAACACAGACCAUGUUUGACAAUGUUGCUAGUCCUCGAGUUCUAAACACACAUCUACCACUUAGACUUCUGCCAAAAGACAUACUGAAAAUGAAUUCUAAAAUUAUUUUUGUUCAACGAAAUCCAAAAGAUAUUUGUGUGUCAUUUUAUAAUCAUCAUAAGAAAAUAAUAGAGUAUGAUUACGAUGGGAAAUUCGAGAACUACGUGAAGAGAUUUUUAAAUGGUUUAGUGGACUAUGGAUCGUGGUUUGACUAUACAUUGGACUGGGAGAAAGUAAUCAACGAUAAUCCUGGAUAUCCUUUCCAUGUGAUGAGUUAUGAAGAUAUGAAAACAGACAGCAUUGGCGAGAUAACAAAAAUCAGCGAGUUUCUUGGUCUUAAAAGCGACCCUAAACUUAUUUCUGAAAUAGCGGAAAAGUGUGACUUUAGUAACAUGAAAAAGGAAAAGGAUCCAUUAGAAAAUGCGUCUGAAUGGAAAGAUGGGAAACCAGGAAUGUACCGAAAAGGUCAGAUUGGAGACUGGAAAAACUGGUUUACGGUAGCACAAAAUGAACACUUUGAUGCUGUUUAUGAGGAAAAAAUGAAAGAGACUUCCUUCACAUACAGAUACAGUUAAUAUGUGAUGAUAUUCU